CUUUGCCUUGAUUUGAUCCCUCCCUCAGCAUUUGUGUCUCCAUAAACGUUUUUUGAUUUUGGGUUUUUGAUUCAUUUUGACUUUUUAUUCUCUUUUGUUUUUUAUUUUUUAAUCCCAAGUCUCACUUAAUACUCCGCGCCCUCCAUUAUUACUCCUACUAACCACAGUUCAUUGAACAGAUAGAUAUACUCAGAACCACAAAAAAGAGCAUUCUUUUUAUCUUGUUGUACUCUGUGCUUGACAUGGGGUGUUUUUAUAUUGGGGUUAAAUCAUAGUUUAAGAGGUUGUUGAGUUAGUUUUCUUUGUGUUGUUGUGAGGGCAACUGUUAUGGCUCUCUGUACAUUUUCAUUUCCUUUCUCAGCAGCAGCUGCUUCAGACCCUCUGAGGCUCUCUCCUCCAUCUUCCCAUUUGUUUUCUGGAGCAGAUAUGCUUUGCCAAUCUCUACACAAGAUCAAUCAGGCACAGGUUAGAAAAAGGCCAAGUAGGGUUUGUGCAUCACUAUCAGAGCAAGGAGAAUAUCACUCUCAGAGGCCUAAAACGCCUCUAUUGGAUACCGUAAACUAUCCAAUUCACAUGAAAAACCUGUCUCUCAAGGAGCUCAAACAACUAGCUGAUGAGCUGCGGUCUGAUGUGAUCUUUAAUGUUUCAAAAACGGGGGGACACUUAGGCUCGAGCCUUGGUGUUGUGGAGCUCACUGUGGCCCUUCAUUAUGUCUUUGAUGCUCCCCGGGACAAGAUAUUGUGGGAUGUAGGUCAUCAGUCUUACCCUCAUAAAAUCUUGACUGGAAGAAGAGAUAAGAUGCAUACCAUGAGGCAGACAAAUGGACUCUCAGGAUUCACCAAAAGAUCAGAAAGCGAAUACGAUUCUUUUGGGGCCGGUCACAGUUCAACCAGUAUCUCUGCUGGCUUGGGAAUGGCUGUGGGGAGGGAUCUAAAAGGAAGAAAGAACCAUGUGAUUGCUGUUAUAGGUGAUGGUGCCAUGACAGCAGGGCAAGCUUAUGAAGCCAUGAACAAUGCUGGGUACUUGGAUUCUGACAUGAUUGUUAUUCUUAAUGACAACAAACAGGUUUCUCUACCAACUGCUUCACUAGAUGGACCAAUACCACCUGUAGGUGCUUUAAGCAGUGCCCUAAGUAGGCUGCAAUCAAACAGGCCUCUCAGAGAACUAAGAGAAGUUGCCAAGGGAGUUACCAAGCAGAUUGGUGGGCCUAUGCAUGAACUGGCUGCAAAGGUGGAUGAAUAUGCUCGUGGUAUGAUCAGUGGCUCUGGAUCAACACUUUUUGAAGAGCUUGGUCUGUACUAUAUUGGUCCUGUUGAUGGUCACAACAUAAAUGAUCUAGUUGCUAUUCUGAAAGAGGUAAAGAGUACCAAGACAACAGGUCCUGUCUUGAUCCAUGUUGUGACUGAGAAAGGCAGAGGUUAUCCAUAUGCAGAGAGAGCUGCAGACAAAUACCAUGGAGUGGUAAAGUUUGAUCCAGCUACUGGAAAGCAGUUCAAAGCCAGUGCCACUACCCAGUCUUACACCAUGUAUUUCGCGGAGGCUCUGAUUGCAGAAGCAGAGGCAGACAAAGCUAUUGUUGCCAUCCAUGCUGCAAUGGGAGGUGGAACGGGAUUGAAUCACUUCCUUCGCCGCUUCCCAACAAGGUGUUUUGAUGUUGGGAUAGCUGAACAACAUGCCGUCACUUUCGCUGCAGGUCUGGCCUGUGAAGGCCUUAAACCUUUUUGUGCGAUCUACUCAUCUUUCAUGCAAAGGGCAUAUGACCAGGUGGUGCAUGAUGUCGAUUUGCAGAAGCUGCCAGUAAGAUUUGCAAUGGACAGGGCUGGUCUGGUUGGUGCUGAUGGUCCAACACAUUGUGGAUCUUUUGACGUUACUUUUAUGGCAUGUCUCCCCAACAUGGUGGUGAUGGCUCCUUCUGACGAAGCAGAACUUUUUCAUAUGGUUGCCACUGCUGCUGCCAUAAAUGACAGGCCCAGCUGUUUCCGUUACCCAAGAGGAAAUGGUGUUGGCGUUCAGCUGCCACCUGGAAACAAAGGGAUCCCUCUGGAGAUAGGAAAAGGCAGGCUAUUGAUAGAAGGGGAGAGAGUGGCACUAUUAGGCUAUGGAACAGCAGUUCAGAGCUGUUUAGCUGCUGCCUCUCUAGUUGAAUCUCAUGGCUUAAGAUUGACAGUGGCAGAUGCCAGAUUCUGUAAACCAUUGGAUCAUGGUCUCAUCCGAAAACUGGCAAAAUCACAUGAGGUUCUGAUAACAGUGGAGGAAGGAUCAAUUGGAGGUUUUGGUUCUCAUGUAGCACAGUUCCUUGCUCUUGAUGGUCUUCUUGAUGGCAAAGUAAAGUGGAGGCCUAUUGUUCUUCCCGAUCAAUACAUCGAUCAUGGAUCCCCGGCAGACCAGUUUGUCCAAGCUGGUCUUACACCAUCUCAUAUUGCUGCUACUGUAUUCAACAUUCUUGGACAAAAAAGAGAGGCUUUGGAGAUAAUGUCCUUGUGAAAUUGAGGAAAAACAUGGUUUGUAGUAAGACUUGUGUACCCAAUUGAGUCACAAUUGAUCCCAAGCGAUGUGGAAUUCUCCACAUCACAACAUUUCAGCUCUUAUUUGUAUAUAUUUUGUUUUUCAUAUAAGAUAUAAAGAAUAAACAAUACAAUCUUUUAGUUUGUAUAUUAAUCACUAGCUUAGAUCUCUCUAUGGAGAACCUUUUAU